GCUGCUUUUCGGGCUCCCCCGUAUAAAAUGCCCCCGGCACCUAAGUCAUGGUUUAGUUCGUUUUCCAGCUUCAUACCGUGUAGUUUGGUGGUACGAGAAAAUUGUUUGUGGUCCGGGUGUAUCGAUUCAGCUGGGGUGGUCGCUCUAUUUUGUGAUCAGAAUUUCCCGAGUGUGGUGGAACAGUGAGAAAAAUCAAUAGCCAAAGAAACAAAAGUGCAAAAUCAUAUUAGAAGAAAGCAGUGCCGAACGCCAACAAGUGUAGCAUUUAUAACAAUUUGAGUUAUCCAAUUUUUUUUCUGACCGGAUCCGAUAUCUCGGUCUCGGUUUACCCACAACCUAAAGCGCAUCAAUCUCACAAAGGAAAAAAAUGGCCACAUACGCCGCAUUCAAGCACGUUGAGCUGUUCAAUGUUGGAAACGCCAAAAAGAGAGUCCUGAAGCCUCCAGGCGGUGGAAGCAGUGAUCUGUUCGGUACCGACGCCCAACCCCAAACACCACGCAGUAUGAACAAGAACCGAAUGCAGUCGAACAUCUUCGCUGCCCCGGAAGCGCAGAAGGCAGGAAAUGUAUUUCGGCAAGGCGUUCACAGAUACUAUUUUCUUGGAGAAACGCCACGCCGGGGUGCAUCCGGUCAAGAUUCGCACAACCGUCUGUUCGGUGAAGCCGAUCGUCCCUACACACCAGCGAAGAAUCACAUGAAGAGCAAUCUGCCCAUCGGUAGCGACGCCACAGAUUCCGGCAAAGCCAACGGUCACAGCAACGGCAAGGCAACGAAUGGACAUCAUCUAAACGGAAACGGAACUGCCCCAGCAACCAAUGGCCACAGCAGCAGCAACGGAAGCAGCCACAUCAAUGGACACAGCAACGGCACUAUUUCCACAUCGUCAGCGCCAUCACAGAACGGAUCAUCCCACAUCUUCCUGAGGAGAUUAACGUCGCCCAAGUCAUCGUCGUCGUCCACGGUGUCAACGCCCCGCUCGCCCCGAUUUGCCCACCGGAAUCCGGUCACCGGCAAUGGCGUCGAGGACUACGCCGACAAGCCACGCAAGCCAAGCUCCAGGCGGGGAGAAAACGGCAAUCCGGUGACCGGUGAGGGAUACAAAUCAGGUGGUGCAGCGGAAAUCAACACGACUGUCCCAUCGUUGAACGGAGCUGGCCAUGUCAUCAAUAAGAAUCGCAUUCCACCGGGAGGUUUCUCGUCCGGUCUGUGGUAAUCAUCUGCUGCAGUAGCAACCAUUCGGACCGCAGUGUGGGUUCCUUUUAACGGGUCCCCACUGCCAUUUUUGUAUUUCAUUUCAAGACACACACGUAACAACCGUAAAUUGGAUUAUUGAUACGCAGAAGCGCAGCGAGUUAGCCAGACCCAAACGACAAAUAGAAAAGACGAUCCCGUUCCAAAAAAUACACAGUCUGCCAUCAACCGUUGCCGCCCGAUUGCAACCCGGCUAUAGUUUUCCGUCAAAGGAUGGUUUAUCAAUUUAGAUAACCGGAUAUAAUUCCAGAGUUAAUUUUCAAUGCAAAUUAUCAAAAGAUAAACUGAUAGUGAUAGAACACCAUCAUGUUAGGCUGAUAUCUGAUAAUAUUAAAAAAGAAAAAAACGAAUAACGAAUCCAAUUACUCUUUUCUGUGUAGAAUAGUGGAAUGUUUAUUUUCCAAAUUGUGAGAAAUACACUUCAUAAAUCUCUUUAGAUUCCUGUUCGAAUUUUUUCGGGAGAUUGCCGACCAAAUUUAAAAUGGGAUAAUUACGAAAAGCGAACUGAAACGAUCAGAAUUGUUGAGGAAAUCAAUAGCAGCAGUGGCUAUUCAGCGACUGUUUGAAACACCACAUGUAGUUAUAUUAACAAAGAGUUUCACGACGUCUCUGAAAGAGGAUAAACAUUCACUCAAACACAUGCGCGCUGUUAUCGCCAGGAUUACAAUUCAUUUAUUUUGAGAUUUGAGAGCAAUUGAAAUACUUAUCAAAAUUACACAACAGUUGCGGUAAUUGCUGCUGAGGGAAAAGAUGAACAAGAUAUGACAACUUAUAUUCACAUACACGUACAUAAAUAUUUAGAGUGCAUCUGUUUAAAAUAUUACUCAACCAAACUGUGCAUAAACCGAAAAUAAAGACAAUUGCAAAAACGUCAGUUUUCCAGCGAAUGUAUUUCCGGAGAAGGUACGCUAGCGUAUCAUUCUCCCAAUUCAAACCCCACAAAAUAUCUAUGUGGUAGUAAUUAUAGAAAAGUUGAAAUGUAUAAUCUUAACAUAUUUAAAAAAAUCUUUAAAACAAGACGAAAAUUUCUGCCCGAUUUAAGUACGGUUUCUGUGUCCAUUUCCUACUUUUUGCAGUUCUAGUUUUUUGCUUCUUCUCUGAUCGAUAGAUUUGAUUUUGAUUAAAUUAAUCAAAUGAAUAUUUCAUGUCAAUGAUCAAAUACAUCCGCUUUUGUACUCUUUUAUUUACCUGCAUUUUAUAGACGACGUUUUUUAGAUAUGUACCUAUCACUCAUAUUUGUAAUCACAUAACUAUAUGCUAGAUAUCGGCGAUGAGCCAAUUGUUUUCUUCUUUAAAACUGUCUUCUACCUUUCGGUAUAAUUUCUUCUUUUCCUAUUUAUUAAACCUAUACUUAUUUGAUGAUUUUUAUAAAAUUAUAUCACAUUAAUUAAAAAAACUGUUACAGCGAUCAUAAUUCAAACGGUAAUCCAGUAGCGAUUCAAAAUUAUAAUGUGAACGAAUGUGGCCUCAAUUAGAAUACCUUUGCUAUAUAGGAGAAAAGAUUAAAACGAAAAUAUAAAAAUAGAAAUAGGGAAAGAAGAAAGACCUUAUAGAAAGCCUAUAUUUGUAGUGUGGGAGAGUCAAAAUUAUUAUGAUAGUUGAAACGAUUUGAUUGUAGUUAAACAACUCCGGUGGAAAAUGAAAGUGCGCUGAGAGCGAACGAGUAAAACAUUACAUUUAAACAGACACAUACACAUACAUACAUUAUUUUCCUACAUACCAACUCAGAGGAAAAAAGUAAAGGCAAGUGAAGAACUAGAGAAAAGCGAUGUCGAUACAUUCUUCUAUAUACCUAUUUGCAUAACACGAGACAUAUUACACUUUUGAUGGAUGCAGCAAUCCGAUGAGUAAUGAAAAAAAUCGAAAAGCAAAUACUACAUAUUACAUAGAACAGUGAAAAUAAAAACUAUAUGACAAACGCAUAUGGAUUAUAAUUGUACUUGAUUAAUUCACUCUUAUUUUCAUUUGUAAUAAUAAAUUUUAAUUUAAUAAAA